UCGGCGCUCGCCUCAGGCAGCUUGCUAGCGUAGUUAGCUUCUCCUCUUAGCUUAGCUGAGCUGCUGCUGUGGGAGGCUGAUGGAGCCCAGGCUCGGGGGUGGCCAGGCUGACUGCGAAAACAUUUUCUGACCCACUGUGUGGUUUUCCCUGCCUGGACAAGAAGGAGUUGUAGCUGUACUGCUGGCUAAGGCUUUCGCCCUCAAGCGCGGACUGAAGUCGAGAGGGAAAAAUGUUGGAAUCCGUUAUUUGUCCAGUUUGUUCAAUUCCCUCAGCGCUACAGAAAACAUCAGCAGUAACCGUAACAACAUCCGUGUUAUUGACUGCUGCUGCUCUCUGAUUCCGCAGAGCACCCGGAGAGGAUGAGUACUUUAUUCACCUAGCUUACUUUACCACAGGCAGCUCAUAGUGAAGAAUAAACUGCCAGGAGGACGGUUAAACGCGAGCUUAGCUGGUGAUAGACUGGGCACUUGUUUAUGCUUUAAAAUGGCUGCUGAGAGGCUGAAGUACAGCUGAUUUGGUCUGAAGAUGCUCUGGGAUGUUGGAAGGCCAUGUGUGUGACACAGAACAAUGUGUGACUUUGAGGAUUGGUGCAGUAUUGAGGACUUUUCCAGCAGGAGGUAACGCUGGCUAACACAGGAAAUCCAUCCUCUUGAUCAUUAAAAAACCCACAACAAUGGGGCAAAACCGGUGGCUUUCAGAUCUGAGCUGAUUUGAUUCCAAUGACUUUCUUUAUUUCUGAAGGAUCUUGUGGACAUGCAUGGCUUUUUUUUUUUUUUUUUUUACACCCUUUGAAAGAAAACAGGGCUUUUCCUUACAGAGAGAUGUGUCCUGUUGCUGAAGCCUGACUGGAUUCCCUUCCUAAUUGAAACAAUCUGGAGCUGCUGAGAAGGGCCUGGGUAUAAUCCUGCAGAAAUGGCUGGGAGGAGAAGGCUGAGGACUGAGCUGUGUUGUCUCACACACAUCACUGGGCUGCAGGGAAUGAACUCAUACCUGGUGCUUUGUGCGAUGUUGUGCCUCGUGCUGGCCACAGACGCGUCUCCGUCUAAAUCCUGCGACAAAAACUGUCUGUCUGGGAAAUGCGUGAACGGAUCGUGCGUGUGUGAUCGGGGAUGGGUCGGGGAUCAGUGUCAGCACUGCCACGGCAGAUUCAAGCUGACUGAUCCAUCAGGGUACCUGACUGAUGGCCCCAUCAACUACAAGUACAAAACCAAGUGCACCUGGCUGAUUGAGGGCUACCCAAACGCUGUGCUGAGGUUGCGUUUUAACCACUUUGCGACCGAAUGUAGCUGGGACCACAUGUAUGUCUAUGAUGGAGACUCCAUUUACGCUCCUUUAGUAGCUGUGUUCAGUGGUCUCAUUGUGCCAGAGGUUCCGGGGAAUGAGACCGUCCCUGAAGUGGAGACCAACUCUGGCUAUGCACUCCUGCACUUUUUCAGUGACGCAGCCUACAACCUGACUGGAUUUGAGAUCUUUUACUCGAUAAACUCGUGCCCAAAUAACUGCUCAGGCCAUGGCAAGUGCACCACCUCAAACUCCAUAGCAAGCAGAGUUUACUGUGAGUGUGAUAAAUAUUGGAAGGGCAAGGCCUGCGACAUCCCAUACUGCAGGAACAACUGUGGCAGCCCAGACCACGGCUACUGCGACCUCACUGGGGAAAAGCUGUGUGUAUGCAAUGACAGCUGGCAAGGUCCGGAUUGCUCCCUCUCUGUACCCUCUACUGAGUCAUACUGGGUCAUGCCCACAGUGAAGCCGUUCGGUACAUCACUAGGGAGGGCAUCCCAUAAGGCAGUGGUUCAGGAGAAGGUCAUGUGGGUUGUUGGUGGCUAUACGUUUAACUAUAGCAACUUCCAGAUGAUUCUAAAUUAUAAUCUGGAUAGUGGCACCUGGAACACUGUGGCUAGCAGUAGUGGGCCUGUGUCGAGAUAUGGCCACUCUCUCACACUCUAUCAGGAUAAACUCUACAUGUUCGGGGGAAAGUUGGAGAUGGGCUCGGGCAACGUAACAGACGAAUUGUGGGUGUUUAAUAUGCAGAGUAAGUCAUGGGCUCAACAAUCUCCCAGCACGCCGGCUCAUGGUCAGGUCUACGCGGUGGAGGGUCAUUCUGCACACAUAGCUGAACUGGACACAGGAGACGUGGUGAUGGUGGUCAUCUUCGGCUACUCCUCCAUCUACAGCUACAUCAGCAACGUGCAGGAGUACAACAUCAAAACAAACACAUGGCUGGUUCCUGAUACGAGAGGAGCCACAGUUCAGGGGGGCUACGGCCACAGCAGUGUGUAUGAUGCCGGCAGCAAGAGUGUGUACGUGCACGGAGGCUACAAGUCCCUCCCUGCUAAUAAAUAUAGCCUUGUAGAUGACCUGUACCGUUACGAGGUGCACACUCGCAUCUGGACUAUUCUGAAAGAGAGCGGUUACCCACGCUACCUCCACUCAGCAGUGCUGCUGGGAGGAACUCUGCUCAUCUUUGGAGGAAACACCCAUAAUGAUACAUCUCUAAGCAAUGGUGCUAAGUGCUUCUCUGCUGACUUCCUGGCCUAUGACAUUGCAUGUGAUGAGUGGAAGGUCCUCCCCAGACCAAACCUGCACAGAGAUGUUAAUCGCUUUGGUCACACUGCUGUCACCAGUAAUGGGUCCAUGUAUGUGUUUGGCGGAUUCUCCAGCGUGCUGUUGAACGAUGUGCUGAUCUACAGGCCGCCCAGCUGUGAGGCAUUUGUGGGGCAGGAGCGAUGUGAGGCUGCAGGUCCAGGGGUGCGCUGUGUUUGGAGACAGAACCGCUGUCUCUCCUGGGAGCCCAGAUUUACCACAAGCACACCUGCGUCCUUUUGCCCUGCCAAGCCUGCUACCGUGGAUGAGAGAUGCCACCGCUUCUCUGACUGCACCAGUUGUACUGCAAACACUAAUGGCUGUCAGUGGUGUGAUGACAAGAAAUGCAUCUCAGCCCUCAGCAACUGCACUUCUAGUGUGAGAAACUUCACCAAAUGCUCCAUCAGAAAUGAGCAGAUCUGCAGCAAGCUGGCCAACUGCAAGAGCUGCACCUUAAACCUUAACUGCCAGUGGGAUCACCAGCAACAUGAGUGUCAUGCCCUCCCUGCCAAGUUGUGUGGAGAAGGAUGGAGUCAAGUGGGCGAGGCCUGCCUGCGCAUUAACUCAAGCCGAGAGAGCUACGACAACGCCCGGCACUACUGCAAGAACCUGGGUGGCAUCAUCGCUUCUCUUUCUACUGCCAAGCAGGUCGACUUUGUUCUUGGGGAACUGCAGAAGUACCAGCAACAGGAGAAGAAGCUGUUCCCCUGGGUGGGCCUGAGGAAGAUUAACGUGUCCUACUGGGGCUGGGAAGACAACACUCCCUUCACUAACACUUCUCUGCAGUGGCUGCCUGGAGAGCCCAAUGACUCAGGCUUCUGUGCCUACCUGGAGAGAGCGCAGGUCUCGGGGCUCAGGGCAAAUCCCUGCAACGCCAACACAGAUGGCCUCAUCUGUGAGAAAGCAGUCGAGAGCCGGAAUGCACGUCCGUGUAAGACACCCUGCUCGCUGCAUGUGACCUGUGAGAACUGCACCAGCCAGGCCACAGAGUGCAUGUGGUGUGGCAGCACCAAGCGCUGCGUGGACUCCAAUGCCUAUGUCAUCUCCUUCCCCUAUGGCCAGUGUCUGGAAUGGCAGACCGGAGACUGUGUGGCUCAGAACUGCUCUGGCUUUCGGACUUGUGGUCAGUGUCUGGAGCAGCCUGACUGUGGUUGGUGUGGAGACCCCACUAACACAGGUAAAGGGCAGUGUGUGGAGGGCUCGUACCGUGGCCCUAUGAAGAACCCACCCAAACACAACCAGGACAUGCUGCUGGAUACGACUCUCUGCCCCAAGGAGCGAGGCUACGAGUGGGCCUUUAUACAGUGCCCUCCCUGCCAGUGUAACGGCCACAGCACUUGUGUGAAUGGAAGUGUGUGUGAGCAGUGUCGUAACCUCACCACCGGCCCACACUGCGAAACCUGCAUGCCUGGUUAUCACGGAGACCCCACCAACGGAGGGAAGUGUCAAGCCUGUAAGUGUAAUGGCCAUGCCAAUGUGUGCCAAGUGCUGACAGGGAAGUGUUUCUGCACCACCAAGGGGAUUAAAGGAGACCAGUGUAACCUAUGUGAUUCAGAGAAUCGUUACCUUGGCAACCCGUUGAGAGGAACCUGUUACUACAACCUUUUGAUUGACUACCAGUUCACCUUCAGUCUGCUUCAAGAGGAUGACCAAUAUUACACUGCCAUUAACUUCAUGGCCACUCCAGAACAGACCAAUAAAAAUUUGGACAUGUCCAUCAACGCGUCCAACAACUUCAACCUCAACAUCACUUGGUCUGUUGGAUCAACAGCAGGUACCAUUUCUGGAGAAGAAGUCCCCAUUGUGUCCAAGACCAACAUUAAAGAACACAGGGACAGCUUCUCCUGUGAGAAGUUCAGCUUCCGCAGCAAUCCCAACAUCACCUUCUACGUCUACGUCAGCAACUUCUCGUGGCCUAUUAAAAUACAGAUUGCCUUCUCGCAGCACAACAGCAUCAUGGACCUGGUGCAGUUCUUUGUGACAUUUUUCAGCUGUUUUCUCUCGUUGUUGCUGGUGGCUGCAGUGGUGUGGAAGAUCAAACAGACCUGCUGGGCCUCAAGACGGAGAGAGCAAUUGAUGAGAGAAAGGCAACAAAUGGCAAGCCGUCCCUUUGCUUCCGUUGCCAUGGCACUGGAGGCGGAAUGUGAUCAGGUGGAGCUGCUACAAGGAGGAAUAGAGGCUCCUCCCAAACCUAUAGCCUUGGAGCCGUGUUCGGGAGGCAAAGCUGCAGUUCUGACGGUGCUUAUGUGCCUCCCAAGAGGACCAUCAGGGUUUCCACCUCCUGGACAGUCAGGUAUUGCUAUAGCUAGUGCGCUGAUCGACACCUCCCAGCAGAAGCCCAUGGAUUUUAAAGAGAAGAAUCCAGGCUUAAAGAACCGCAAAGCUCUGCCUACAGCUCACCAGGGCACCUGUGUGUGAGGCGCAUGCCCUCUGCAGCGGCCAUCUUACCUGGACUAUCCUUUUCCAAAGAGCUGUGCUUUGUUCCACUGCUGCGGGUCACCGGCAGCACCUGUUUCCACAGAGAGGCCUCCGGUGAUGGGGCUUUGCUAGGUAGCAGAGUGCUUUGUCCUCCUCCUCUUCAACACUACAUCUGUAUCAAUCUCCUCCUGCUCUCCAGCACGUGGCUCUCCCAGCACAUUUCACUAUUCCUUCUGCUGAUCAGCUAUAUCUCACUAGAAGUCUUGUCUGACAGAGCCUAAACUUUUUCUAAAGUCUCUAAAUUCAAUCCUGUUUGAGUUUUAAGGCUCUAGUUGUGACCUCCUUAACCAGAUUCAUGGGCCUCUGAGCUGAACUGUAAUCUGAAAAAAAAACACAAACAAACCAAAAAAACAAAAAACAAAACACGGCAUGACUCCUCCCACUUACAGCAGUCAGACUGCCGUGCCUCUCAUCUGGUUUGUACCUUAUUAGUCAAUGAGGACAGAGGAAGUGUGUGAUAUACACUGCUUACCCAGUGGUAGAGCCUUUCACAGGUGACAUUAUAGACUUUUGAUGGUAUUGUAUAUGGGUGUAAAGCCCGUUUCUUUGCUUGCCAAGUAGACUCUGUGUUUGCUAAAAAGCUUCUUAUUUACCAUUAAAUGCAUUUGUAGCCAGGUGGGCUUUUGUAUUUCAAAUCCAACAAGUUCUGUCGUGCGUAGCACAGAGCUGUUAGGUUUGUUUAAGCUAAUGAAGUUUUGCUGCUGGUUAUAUAUAAGAUUUGGGAGAAACCGAUCACGUUUGACUAAAAUAAUGUAUACUAGCAAAGUUUCUAUGUUUCAUCUGUCUGCUAUUCUUGCAAAGCUUCUGCAUGACAUACACACUAGAUGCUUUAAAAGUUGUUAAGUCAGAAAAAGAGUCUUUAUUAAGUCAGCAUAUAAAACAAUGGUUGAGAGAAUACAGUCACCGCUGAUAUGAUGAACUCACUAGAAUGAGAUGUAAUACAGGGACUCGGUUGUAUACUAUUCUUAUUAUAUAACGUUAGCGAACAGGCAACUAGGGAAGCUUUUGUCUUAUUUUUUUCCCUUUUUUUCUGAGAAUGGCUUGGUACUAAUGGAAAGGAUCGUCUUGUGGCCUUGUGGUAAACAUUUCUUUGUAAUGGAUUGUUGGUCUCUUACGUUUCACAUAUUGUGAAUGCAGCAGAUGGACUUUGGUUAAGGACACUGUUGAGCCACUUGAGGCUUGCAGUGAUGGAAUUUAACUCCACAUGCUUCAUCCAGGUCUCACAGGAAUCCCACCAGGCAGGCUUUUCCACAGCCCAUGCACUUUCUCCCUCCAGCUGAGAGAGAGCCAUUAGCAAUAUUACCAAUACAGGACCUGAGGAAGAACACACGUGAGGAAGUGUACAGCGCUCUUCCCCUCAUAUGUUUGUGUAACACACAAACAUGUCAAAUGUGAAUCACUUGCUUCUUCAUCUAGGUAUUCUGAUGGUUUUGGUCCCAUUUGGUUUUAUUCUUUUUUCUGUUUUUAAUAAUAAUAAAAGGUCACACAUUUCUUUUAGGUCUAUCCUUUGUACAAAACCCAUUGUGGUGGUGGAGAUGAUGAUGAUGAUGAUGAUAAUAAAAAACCAUGUCUUUUACAAUGUUUGUGAAAAAAGAAAUGUUAGUUUUGUUUUGAUAACUGAUUCUUGUGUAAUACCUCUGUUUUGUACUUUAGUCGUUGAAGUCCUGUAUCUAGCUUUAUUAACCAGUUUUUCUUAUUGUGCAUACAGUUGCAGUUUAUUGCAGCUGUUCAAGGAGACUACUUUGGGCAUUUGUAGUUACUUUCAGAAGUCUUCUGUGAAUAUGAAUUAUAUUUUGAUCAGGUUUUUUAUUUUAAGCCUGCUUUUGAAUGCGAGUAGUUGUAUGCAGUAGGAGCACAAUGUACAGUCCCAUUACACAGGAAUCUCACUGUAAAGUGUCACAAAAUAUGGAAUAUGAAUGAAACACUCAUUCUUCAGUGCAUAUCAUUCAUUUUCAGUGUAUUUUAAAGCUGGACUGAAAAAUAAAACACUUGAUUCAUAGGG